AUGGCUGGCGCACAGCAGACAAGUUCGCGGAAGCGGACCCAACCUUUCCCCACAAGGCAAAUGACAAUACUAGCUUUAUGCCGAAUCUGCGAGCCGAUUGCCUUUAUGUCCAUAUUCCCAUAUGUAUAUUUCAUGAUCAAAGACUUCGGUGUCACUCAACAUGAAUCCGAAAUCUCAGUAUACGCGGGAAUGGUGACAUCUGCAUUCGCCUUUGCGGAGUUCUCGUCUGGUGUAGCAUGGGGAAGACUUAGUGACAGGAUCGGACGAAAACCCGUCCUGCUCACCGGACUCGCUGGUACCGCACUCAGUAUGCUGAUCUUCGGAUUUGCACCCAACCUUCCAGUUGCAUUGUUGGCUCGGGCGCUGGGAGGACUCUUGAAUGGAAACAUUGGCGUUUUGCAGACCACCGUCGCGGAAAUGGUCACCGUCAAGGAACACCAACCCCGCGCUUAUACGAUUAUGCCAUUCGUGUGGUGUCUCGGAUCGAUUCUCGGACCUACUCUUGGAGGCGCAUUGGCUAGACCAGUCCUCAGCUAUCCAGAGCUCUUCCACGCCGGAUCCAUUUGGGACCGAUUCCCCUACCUGUUGCCCAACCUUGUGUGUACGAUGAUCGUGACCUGCGGAGUCGGGAUUGGGAUCUUGUUUCUCGAGGAGACGCACGAGGAGAAGAAGCACCGCCGCGAUCCGGGAUUGGAAGCUGGCAAAUGGAUUCUGAGCAAGGUUACACGCUGUGCGGAAUCGAAGUCAUCAAGCGAAAAGGAAAUGGAUCUGGACGAGGUUCUCUCUCUGUUGAGCGACGAUGACCAGCCGCCGAAUUACCGUACGAACGAGAGCUCGCUCAGCAUUCCGUCCACCCCAUCAGCGGACCGUCAGGAGGUGUUGGAUCUGAAUGACUCGCGCAUUGCGGCGUCGCCUGCAGCAACAAAAGCAUUCACGAGACAGGUUGUUCGCAACAUCAUCGGUUACGGCAUCUUAGCUUACCACACAAUGACUUUCGAUGCAAUGCUGCCAACACUCCUCAGCACCGAACCCCCUGAGAAUCCGGAACCAUGGAAGCUGCCUUUCAAGUUUGUUAGCGGCUAUGGACUCAGCACGAAGCAGAUUGGGGUUGUUCUCUCGGUCCAAGGCAUCUACUCCAUGAUUGCCACCAUCUUCCUCUUCCCCAUCAUCGUCCGCCGGCUUGGAGCCCUUGGUCUCUUCAGGGCGCUCGCUAUCUCCUAUCCCAUCUUGUACAUCUCCACUCCGUACUUGGUUCUUCUACCGGACAAGCUGAAGAUGGCCGGGGUCUAUGGAGUCGUCAUCUGGAAGUGCACAUUCGCAACAAUGGCAUAUCCGAGCAAUGCCAUCCUGCUCACCAACUCGGCGCCCUCGCUCCUGAUGCUGGGAACAAUCAAUGGCGUUGCAGCUUCCACAGCCAGUCUCUCCCGAGCCUUCGGCCCAACAGUAUCUGGAUUCCUCUUCUCAGCAGGUCUUCGACUAGGAUACUCUGGCCUCGCCUGGUGGUGCAGUGCGGUAAUUUCUCUAGCAGGCGCCCUCAUCAGCUUGCGCAUGACCGACAAAGGAGGACGCAUGGAUGUCGACGAGAAGAUCGACGAAGACCGCGACUUGGGCUUCGAAGAGCAGAUUCUAGAUCACCACGCCUUGGAUUCCGCCAUCGCAGCCGCCGAACCACGGAGAGAUAUCGAACCACUAGAUAAUAAUAUCAUCAAGUGA